AUGGCGACUGUCACUCUUGAUGCCUACGCUCCGGUCGAUGUCGCCCAGCUGGUGGCUCGCGCUGGAGUAGGCAAGGGCAAUAUGCGCCUUGACAAGGUCUUUUUCAGCGCCUUUUCUGCCGGCUGCCUGCUUGCCUUUGCUUGUGGAACGCUUCUGAGUACCAAUACAACUACAUGGUUCCAAGAGAAUGCGCCCGGCUUGAUUCGCACGAUAUCCUCCCUGGUUUUCCCUUAUGGUUUGUCUAUGAUCAUCUUGACGGGAGCGGACCUCUGCACUGGUUCGUUCAUGUAUACCACCGUCGCUGCCCUCCAAGGCCAACUCCCCUGGUAUAAGAUGUUGCUCCACUGGUUCGUGACCUUCUGGGGCAACCUGGCUGGAUCUCUCUUUGUCGUCGCUAUCCUCUUCGGCUACGGCAAUGUCUUCGCCGCAGACCCCUACAAAUCUGAAGCCAUCGCCUUCGCCACCAAGAAACAGGUCACCCCAGACUUCCACCACAUCUUCCUCCGCGGCAUUGGCUGCAACUGGCUGGUCAGUCUGGCUUGCUUCCUGGGCAUGCAGGGUCGCGAUCUCGCCUCUAAGCUUGUGGGCAUCUGGUUCCCGAUCUUCGGCUUCGUCUCGCUAGGCUUUGACCACGUUGUUGCAAAUAUGACUUUUAUCCCUAUGGGAAUCUGGUUGGGGGCGCCCGAGAUCACAGUGGGGCUGUACAUCUGGAAGGGGAUCAUUCCCACCCUGCUGGGGAAUAUUAUUGGGGGCGGACUGUUUGCUGGCACGUACUACUGGUACAUGUAUCUCUUGAGUGGAGAGGUCACUCUGACUUGGAUGCGCGAGUCUGGUACGGUGACGCCUCGCUCAGAGGAUGUGGAGGCUGUGGCUGCUAAUAAGCAGAACUAA